GUCGUGAGGUUCAGCUCCUUCCAAUCCACAAGUUUCAUGUCUCACGACGAAUUUGAACAUUACGACUUUUCAGAAUUCACCGAAGAAGAGCUUGCACAAUUCGAUGUAGAUGCCACCAAUAACCUGCUGCAGAAGGCGCCCGAUAAAAUACCACCAACCUCGCAACAAGAUAUCCGGAAAACUAGUAUCAGUAACUUUGGUGGUGGACCCGCACUUGAGAUUGCGUUUGAGUCCUCCACUGACGUUUCUCUUGUUGAGGAAAUCUCCAAACCUGCUGAGUGUCAUAUCCCAGCUAGCAUAGGGCCCCUGCUACUUACCAGCACGCAUGUUUCUCGAAUGCGGCCGCAAAAAGACCCAAGAAACCCCUACGAGAAGUUUAGCUCCUGGAAGAAGGGGUUCUCCGUGACGGACCUCGUCUCACCUGUUUGGUGUGAAGUGCAAUUUGAAUAUGGGCUGUAUGGAGAGCGCCACAAACCACUCGAAAGGCGACCUUCCGCUUUCAGGUCAAGAUACGGUAAACAAAUUCAAGUCCAACAAAAUGUAGCACAACAAAACGACAGGACACUCAAGAGAGGGGCCUCUAUUCACAAAGCUCUGGAGCUGGAAGUGAGGCCAGAAACAGUUCCCAUCCGUACAUCAACUCAUGAGGAGCGUUGGGCUUUGCGUCUCUUCAAUCUCACGGCCGGCAUGCAACAACUGAUUCUGGAAGGGCUAACGCGUGAACUCCCAGUCUUCGGAAUUACGCAUGGGCAAGUCGUUUUCGGAAUCAUCGAUGAAGUGACUCGGCAUGCUCCAUCACAAGUAAACGAACACUACAAUCCUGUCAAACGUAGCUCUGCCUCUCCUGAAUCAUCUCCCGUCAAGAAGAAACAGCGUCGGUCGCCGUCUCCAUCGCAGGAACCUAUACCUGCUUUCUAUCCAGACCAGUCUACUCCUACGGAGACUGGCGUAGCGGAUCGGCCCCCAACCGAGGAGGAAGUUCAUGACCAUUCCGUACCAAACAAUUCGAUUUCAAGAUCCAUCCAUCCGCAACCCACGUUCUACGAUGUAACGCUCGUCGACUACAAGACUCGUCGCGUACCAUCACUACCCCCAGAGGAGGAUGCGGUAUCAUCAAAACUGCAACUUAUGCUUUAUCAUCGGCUGCUCUCUGCACUCCUCUCCCCGGAAACCUUUGAUUUCGACGCACUAUGGGCAAAGCAAGGCAUCAAUUCGCAUAAAUCAUUUUCCAAACAAUUUGUAGAAGACAUCGGUUUGUCAACAAGAGAUGAAAGAGACCUUCCUGAGUUCCACGUGGAUUUGUGCACCAUGAUUGCAGCAUGGGUCUCUGUCGUUCACUUGGCUCGGAGUAGUAUUGAACGACUGAGAUGUGUCAAUCCCGAGCUUCACAUCAUCUACCGGAAAGCUAAGGACUCGUUUCGUGAUCGGCAACAGAAGGCAAAAAGCGAGGAAAAGGCAGUCAAUAGUCCACUGGAAGCGCUUUCCCGCCAAGAAGAACUGGAUAUAGCUCGUGCUAUUGAGGAGAGUCUGCGCCCGCUUUGUCAGGAGGCCGGAGAGGCUAGCACGAGCACCCAGGCUGCGGCACACAUAAGGGACACAUUCGCCGUACAAAGUGAAGAACUCGUACUCGAUGAAGUUGACCUCGCCAGCCCUGCUCUGGAAAAUCCCGAGCCGACACGGGUGAUGCAAGAUCCCUUGCAUGCAUGCACCCAAGAUGUUCCUGACUCCAAAGCAAUUGUCCCGAAAGAGCAUGAAGGAACUCCGGCGGCUGAUGAGGUCACCAACUUAGAAGAUAGGACUCUUCUAGCUCGAAAUAGCGACUCUCCAAAUGAGGAAGAUACCUCUGGCCAUUCGACGAUACUGGGUACCAGGACAUUUGUCAUGGACGACAACCGGCUCGAUGCGCAUCUUGAAGAUGUUCUCCAAUGGUGGUUUGGUAUUCGUCCUCCUAGGGGUGUUGAACUCGCACAAUCCACUCGGUGUUUCAAUUGCGAAUAUCAAGAGAGUUGCGAAUGGAGAGAGCAGAAAGCUACCGAGAGUAGUGUUGCUCUCGGAAAGCGUAAGGAAAGCAUGAAAUAGCCAUCAAGCCGUUAAACUUUAGACUCUGCUGGUCCGAAGUGGGUCGCGGCUGUAUCAAGUGGAAUUGGGCGGAAUAUUACAAUGAAUGGGCGACUAGAUCUCACUUUGGAUUCUAUUCUUGACAACUACUUAAGUACUAGCUAGUAGUUGUCGUACUUUGGACUAUUGUUACUCUCCCCUAGCCAGACCCAAGGUUCCAUUAGACUAUUGCGGUAAUUCAGGUGUCGUUACCUACUGGUAACUGGUAACCACUGCGGCAACCUCACUGUUGCUCCACUGUACAGUACUAAUCCCCCAUGGAUGGCUGGGUUGAUUACAUUCAUUUCUCAUUCUUUGGUGAACA